AUGUCAAAGGAUCCAGCUUGGAAUUAUUGUCACCUGCAAAACCCACAAGAUAGGAAUGCAACAUGUAAUUUUUGUGAAAAAGUUAUGAAAGGGGGUAUUUACAGGGCUAAGCAACACAUUGUAGGAGGAUAUAGAAAUGUACAAGCAUGUAAAAAGUGCCCUGAACAUGUGAAAGAGGAGAUUAGAGAAUACAUGAGCAAGAAGAAAGAAGAAAAGGAAUACACAAAUUUGUUGCCGGAUUUUGAUGACAUGGAUGAUCAAGAUGAGGAUGAUGUUGCAAUUAUUGAUGUUAAGGGUAAAAGAGUGGCAAGUGGAACUGGAAGCAAUAAUAUUCAAUCAAAAAAGCAGAAGCAGAAAGGUCCUAUUGAUUUGUACUUCACCCCUCCUCCGGAAGUGGCUGUGCAAAAUAGAAAAAAUGACAAGGGUAAGCAAACAACAAUUGACAGUGCUUGCAAGAAAGAACUUAGAAACCGAGCAUGCCAACGGUUUGCAAGAUGGAUGUAUGAUGCCGAGAUAUCAUUCAAUGCCCUUAAUUAUGAUAGUUUUGCACCAGUUGUUGAAGCUAUUGGCCAACAUGGUCCAGGAAUGAAACCUCCGUCUUAUCAUGAGGUGAGAGUUCCCCUCCUCAAGAAAGAACUGGGGCAUACAGACAAUUUAAUGCGGGAUCAUAAGGAGGAAUGGGCAAAAUACGGAUGCACAAUUAUGGCAGAUGGAUGGGAGGAUAAAAGACUGAGGUGUUUGAUUAAUUUUCUGGUGAAUUGUCCUAAAGGGACAAUGUUCAUUCAAUCUGUCGAUGCUUCCUCUUAUUCAAAGACCGGUGAAAAAAUGUUCGACUUGCUUAACAAGUCCGUGUAG